AUGGAGGCGCAGGCGGCGCCGUGGAACGCUUUCCGUGUGGUCGAAGGGGAAACGAGUCGCUCCCACCAGCUGAGGGUUCCUGCUGGAUCUGCUGUUGGUGAUUUCUGCGAUCUGCUUGCGAAACGAGGCCUUUUCCCAGCCGACCUUGACACGUUAGACCUCAAAGUGUUCGCAAACAGCAAGGAAGAGGAGAAGGGGAGUUUUCUGACGGAGAACGACAGUUUGGAGAACUACGGAGUGGAGAAGGAGGACCCCAUCAUCGUGAAAGUUCCCCAGGUCUGGUUCAAGAUAAAGACAGCCGAUGGCCGCAUCACCAGUGAAGCAUCGGUUCCACUGCCCGAGUAUAAGACGAUUCAGCAUCUAAAGGAUGCAUUGGAGGUGAAAUACAGCACUACCUAUCUCGCCGGCGUCGCUAUAAACGACGUGCAGGUGUUCAACGGUAGUGAUGGGCCUUUGAAGGCCAAGUCACUCAUUGAUUCGCUUGGUCAAACGAUGGAGGAGGCGCUCGUCGUGACCGUGCUACGGACAAGAGGGCGGGAGGAAACGAAGGAUGAAGCUGAUGAGAGUCCAGCGAAGCGACACAGAACCGCUGGCGUUACGGAGUGGGUGUGGCGAAAAGAGGAACCUGUCUAUUCUGUGCAAGAUGGCAUCAUGGCUUUCGUGAACCGUGAGCACGCGACGCUACAACUUCAAGAGUUCCACGCAAACAACUAUAAUCGCGCAAAUAUCGGACUUGGUGGUGAAAAUUGGGUGGUCCCCUUGGUGGACACUGUGUUUGGCAUCGGGAAAACAAGGUUUGGUGCCGAGUACAUUCGGAGAUGCCAACAAAUGUGGGCUGCUCACCCCAACCGAGGGAAAGACAGUUUCCUGGACACGUUGACGCAGUGCCACACGAUCCAGAUUCAGUUUUCCCGAACGGACCUCCUGGAUAGCGAGUUGAAGUUUAAUUCUGAUAUGGCCGACGCUGCUUUCGUGGAGCAGAUCAGUUAUUUCUUCGAGGAGAAAUACGACAGAUUACCCGGUGCUCUCACUCCCCAGUCGCUGCAAACCAAUUCAGGUCUGGUCCCUUUGGCCGUUGUUUCCCAACAAGAAGUUAUUUUUCUUGAUUGCUGUCGCGCAACGUUCCUGAGCUACGUCGGUUUGAGACCAACCGCAUGCGUUGAAAUGACAAACAGAUUUGUCGAUUUCCAAAGACUCAGCCUCAAUCUUCUCCGGUCACCUGCAAUCGAGGAAAUUAUUAAGACGACGUAUUGGGACAAGGGGAAGACGGAAACCAUUCAGCAGCACUUUAAUCUCAGUGAUGGCGAAGUGAAGAAGAGUGCUGACCAUCUGUUCAAGACAACAUUCGGACAUCCACGAUCACUACUUCGCGCUUUCAAAGUUUGCCAAUCCGUUGAGGAACUUAACUCGUAUGAUGCGCCUUUUCAGUUGGUGGAAAGAAUGAACUGGCAACGGUUUGGCGAACGCUUGCGGAAUUUCAAGGAGCCACUUCGAUUUUUGAUGACUGCUCUACUCGCUGACGAAGCAGUAGACCUAGGACAAAGGUGGAGAGACCAGGGCGGCAAAGAAAUCACAUACGACGCCAUUGUGGAUAUGUUUGGAAUCGCAUGGGAAGGAGAAUCGAAGACGGCGAGGCUGCAUAUACCACAACAUAUCCAGCACGCGGCACUAAGUUCCUUCUACCCGUUCAGAGAACUUCUUGAAAGAGCUGCACCAGCACUUGGUCGGGUGGCAAUCGAUCAUCCUGACGAGUUCGAGCUGCUUUGCAUGACGCGGUUCCAGGAGGUUAUUGACGAGGAGAAACGUCCGAGCGACGUACUCUCCGAAUUUUUCGCAGAUACAUCUUUUGGGCGCACAAAGGUGAAGUUCGCGAAGAUCACAUAUGAAAUGCCGCAAGUAACAUCGAAGGGAAAGAAGCAGUCGUCGUUAACCGAAGCCACCGCGCAUCCGGGAGAUUUGAAGGCGUUGCUGAUGGAGAUCCACGGCCUUGCGCUCGAAAACGGACAAUUGAGCCUGAAGCCGCUUCCGAAGUCAUCUUCGCCCGACAUCCUGCUGAUGACGAUGUCGUCAGGUACCAUGGUAACAGUUGGACUCGCCGUUAAAAACUAUGCCAAGUCCAGCAAGGUCGGUGGGGAAACCAUACGUGAGGAGUGCAAGAAGUUUAGCAAGGUGUGCCUGCAGUUGCCCAAGUCCUCGCUUCCCCGACUGAACGUUCUCAUUUUGUGUGCAACGGCCUACACCUUCCACAAUGAAACGUUUCAAGGUGCCAAAUUUGCCGUAUAUUCGACUGAAGACUCGAAGGACGACCGCGCGGGCAUCGAUGAGGUUAUUCUGCUGGAUUUAUCUACGCGAGGUAAUCGUGGCGAGUUUUUCGGGAUUGCCGGUAUCGACGAGCUAGAAAGGACGCUAGAGGCAGUUGUUGUUGCGAAACCCUCAGUGGACGUUGUCCAGACUGCAAACCAAUAG